AUUAGAGACCUGACACCCAGCUGACAAGUCGGUGCAGCCAGGGAAUGAGGCACAGUCUGCUCACAUGUGUCUCUGCUGUGCUGACCUGUUGUCAGUCAGCUCCUGUGUCAGAAAGGGAGGGAACACAACUUGUGCAGGCUGCAGAGCUGUAAUCUCUCUCUACUGUAACUCUCACUUAUAAAAGACGCUCUUGGCUGGGGAGUUUUAGUAACUUUCUAUCUCCUGCAGGAUAUGUGCAAAGAGGACAAGCUGACUCCAAGGUGAAGGAGGAACUUUUUAGGAGGAUCUGAUUGCUGGGUCUGACCUUGGCAGGUCUGGAGGAGUUUGGCUGGUCUGGAGGAGUUUGGCUGUUCUGGAGGAGUUUGGCUUUGCCUGUCUGUGUUCUGCUCUGAAUGGGAACCUGCAGAAGACACCAGAUCAGGGGUGAAGAUUUUGUUUUCUAUCUGUUUUGGAGACCACAAUUUUAACAGCCCAUGGAAUCCUCAGUUGAUUAUCGGUCAUUGAUCCAGAGAUUUCUGAUCUGACCAUGUGACCUCUUCUGCGUUCUUCCAGCAUGGAUAACAUCACAUCGGUUGUCACUGGGAAGAAUUCUUGCACCUUCCAUGAGGAGUUCAAGCAAAUUCUGCUCCCGGUGGUCUAUUCUGUAGUGUUAGUUUUUGGUCUUCCACUCAACUUCAUUGUCAUCCUUCAAGUAUGGCUGUCAAGAAAGGCCUUGACUCGAACCGCCAUCUACACCCUGAACUUGGCCAUGGCAGACUUGUUCUAUGUGUGUUCCCUCCCACUUCUCAUCUAUAACUAUGUCCAACAUGACUACUGGCCCUUUGGGGACUUCAUUUGCCGGUUUGUCAGAUUCCAAUUUUACACAAACCUACACGGGAGCAUCAUGUUCCUCACCUGUAUGAGCUUCCAAAGAUACAUGGGCAUAUGCCACCCCUUGUCUGUCUGGCACAAAAAGAGGGGCAAGAAGUUUACGUGGGUGGUGUGUGGGGCGGUUUGGUUCAUCGUCAUUGUCCAAUGUAUCCCCACUUUUUUUUUUGCAUCCACCGGAAUUCAGAGGAACAGAACUGUUUGUUAUGACUUAAGCCCCCCAGAUCUCUCCUCUCGAUAUUUUCCUUAUGGAAUCAUUUUGACUAUCACCGGAUUUUUAAUCCCUUUUAUUGCCAUUGUGACCUGCUAUUGUGCCAUGACCAAGAUCCUCUUCAAGAAGGAUGACCUUGCUGAUUCAGCAGUUCGAAGAAGGAAAGACAAAGCCAUCCGUACGAUCAUCAUUGUGGUUCUGGUCUUCGCCAUAAGCUUCUUCCCAUUUCACCUGACCAAAACAAUAUAUUUGGUAGUACGUUCCAGGACCGGUGUUCCUUGCCUGGUCUUGCAGACUUUCGCCAUUGUGUAUAAGUGCACCCGGCCAUUCGCCAGCAUGAACAGCGUGUUGGACCCCAUCUUGUUCUAUUUCACCCAGCAGAGGUUUCGGCAGAGCACCAAGACAUUGAUGAAGAGAGUCACUUACAAGUGGAAGAGUGAGGCCAGCACCAAGCCACCACAAUGACCAUCACAGCUGGAGACCCUAAACUCAAAAGGCACUUACCUCUAUAUGACAGGCAAAGCUGGUGAAAAUAAUUGAUGUACUGGAAGAUCUCAAAUGUCCAUCUAUGAAUAUAGAGGCAGGUACAUGUUCUCCUGUAAAACCAACUCCACUGCCUAAUCGUUUGACCUUUGUGGUCUCUGUUGGAGGUGUUCUGCUGUCCUUCGAUAUUACAAAAGUCUGCUUUCGUAUUAAACUUUAGAGACCAAUUGUAAACCAGGGCAACAAAAAUAGCUCUGCUUGUAUGAAGAAAUGUAGAAAAAGCAAGCUACAAAGACUGGUUUAUUUACUUGAGAGAAAGCUUGCCCAAGCUGAUAGAUGCAAGAUGAAGAAAAAAAUGCUUUAUUUGUAUUCACCGUUUAAGGCAGAAACUGUUGCAUUUUAAUUAUUUAAUUUUAUUUAGUUUUAUUUUUUUAGCGUGAAAUUGAAAAUGACUUUUCCUUGUGAAAAACUGGAUCUGCUAACUGAGCUGAGGUAAUAUUCAGCCUGCUCCGUAUCUCUCAGCAAAUAGGGGUUUCCCUGUAACACCCUGACAUCAUUGUGAACCAUUAAUGUCCCCCAACAGCUUAAAAUAGAACUAAAGGCAAAAUGUUUUUUAGAACACAGUAAGGAUACACAGCGUCUUCCCGCAGGGAUGUAGUCCCAAGGGAGGGGGCGAGCACGCUAACUAACCUCCAGCCAGAACGGCUCAGGAUGAUA